CUUCAGUUUAUAUCAGAGAGCCCAAUGGAGUCUUUUGAAGGACCUAGUCGGUUUAGCAGGGCUAACUUAUUAGAAGUCCCCACUGUGAAUGAUUUCUCAUCAGAGGAUGAAGAUGUUAAAUCUGACAUUAAACCUCGUUUCUCUCCACUACCCAGAAGGCGGAAUUCUGCUUCUUCAGAGGAAGAGGAGGCAGAUACCCCCAGCACCAUUGCAAGAAAAGUUUCAUUUGCUGAUGCAUUUGGGUUUGAUCUUGUGUCUGUUAAAGAGUUCAAUACCUGGGAAGUUCCAAAUACAGGACAAAAUGAUGACAUAGUUGAUGAAGUUUUCCCUCAGGAGGAAUAUUAUUUCUCUCAACUCUUUAUGUUACCUGCUUCGCAAGAAGAACUUUUGCACAAGGUGCGAGAGCAGAAAGUACUGUUGGAGUCAGUUGUUUUCCUGCCUGGGAUUACCUGUAUGAAUGGCAUUAUACGAGUCCUCAAUGUAUCCUUUGAAAAAAUGGUGUAUGUUCGGAUGACACUGAAUAACUGGCUCAGUUAUUAUGAUAUCCUUGCAGAGUUCAUGCCUAAUUCUUGUGGCAGUGAAACCGAUCAGUUCUGCUUUAAGAUUUCUUUGGUGCCUCCUUACCAGAAAGAUGGAGCUAAGGUGGAGUUCUGUAUACGCUAUGAGACAUCAGUUGGUACCUUUUGGGCAAACAACGAUGAUAGAAAUUACACACUGAUUUGUCACAAGAAAGAAACUGUACCCAACUUGGAUAAUAAGCCACACAAAGAGGUUUCUGAUAGACAUCUUAAAGGCUGCUUAAAGACGACACAAAGCAGCAAAGAAGAAAUAUUGGCAACGUCUGACGAUGACACAUGGAAUAAUUCAAGGACUUCAGACACAAACAUCCCAGAGAUUGUUUAUUCACAAGCAGAAGACAAAGACACCAAGUCAGCUAAUGAAUAUCUAAAAGAUAAAAAUGCGGAAUACAACCAGGGUGAUCAUGAAGAUGAUGAAAAAGAAUUAGAGUUGCUGCUAAAUCAGCACUUCACAGGAGCUAGAGGUACCUCUUCCAGAGAUGAAAGGAAUUUAUACACAUCAGAACCAGUUAAUUUUCCAAGUGACACUGAAAGAUUGGAGAAAAAGUUAACAUAUACAGAAAGAAGUGAUGACUUGCUAAGGCACCCUGUGCCCAUCAGUUCCUCAUCUGAAAACACUGCACAAGAGAUACGCGGAAAAUUAAAAGAUAAAGUUAAGUAUUCCCCAAGAGAUUAUAAUAGUCAGCCACCAGGGAAGGAAGUUACUGCUGGCUCUGUAAACAGUGGUGAGUGGUCUUUGGAACGUAAUAGUACCAGUGAAAGCCUUUUAUCAGCAAAAUAUUUUCCUGGGACAAAGCAAAAUGAGGCUAUUGAUACUAAGGCUUCUGGCUCAGGCCAGCAAAGAGAGUGCCAUGCAGAUAUUUCAAAGGGUGAAACAGAUAGUGCCUCAGGAAGCAAGAUGAUGGAGAGGUUAUUCAUCAGUGAGGAUGCUGCUGAUACCUCGAAAGGGGUCUGUGAAAUGAGACCAGAAAUGAUUUCUCCAGAGCAUGAUGAAUCCAUGCAAUUAAAUGCAUGCAUAGCAGAGACACUGGAUGGCAAUGCUAAUCCAGCUCAGAAGCAGCAGGCACUGCAAACAUCUCAUCAAACUCUGGAUUCAUUGUUGUCAGGUGCUGAUAAAAAUGAGGCAAAAAUCAAGAUGAUUGAAAGCAAAGUUCAGGUACAUUUAAGAGGAGAUUUAUAUGCCGACACUUUUGCACAUGCUGGUGUCUCAAUAGAUUCUGCAAAAAGCCAGUAUACGCAAAAAAAAGGUGUUGGUGAAAUGCCAGAGAAGAACCAUAACACUGGUGCAGGGAAGGAGACAAAAGUCAUUGAGGUAGCAGAUUUAGCACUAAUCGGCGAGGAGGAAGCACCCAAGCCUUUCAAGUCACAUAGAAAAUGUGCUGCCAAAGCAUUGAACACAACGCUUCUGUCAGCUGAGGACAACAAACAGGCACCCAAACCUGCACAAGCAGAUCGGACGGCAUCCUCUCUAGGGGAUGAAAGAAUUGCUGAAGACGUUGGGGAACACAGAGGGUUCAUGAGGUUAAAAGACAGAGGAAAGUCAGACGACACAAAUAAAGGAAGACUGAUAGGCAACGAAAGGGAAGCAAAUGCCGCAGAGCAGAGGUGGCAAGACUUGGGUAGUGAGGUUCGGUGGGGAGAGAGGGGGAACACAGUGCCUCAGAGUAUGGCUUCCACGAAGGAGUUGUUUACUUGCCAGGAGGCAGAGAGUUGUGAAAAGUCUUCUGUCUCUGAGCAGAGUGUUACAGAGGAAGCAGAGGCAGGUACAGCUUAUAUAAUUAAAACAACAUCAGAAAGUGCUCCAGAAAAAAUGUCUGCCAGUGAAAAAGCGGUAAUUGCUAAGCUACCUCAAGAGACUGCACUAAGUGACAGGCCCACAGAGGAAAAGGAAACAGCGUUUGAUACACAUGAAGGGAGAAAUGAUGGUUCACAUUAUGCUCUUUGUCAACUCAACACAGUGGGUGUAUUAUAUGACACUGAAUUUGAAAAGGAAUCAGUUUUAGGUAUUUAUAAUGCACGCGUACAUGAAACACUGCAAGGAGAAACGAUGUCUGUAUGUAAUAGCAGGGAAAAACGUGCCAAAGCACAACAAGACAUCGGCGAUAUUCUACCUGUAGGAGAAGCAGUAAAGGCUUCUGCUACAGGAAAAAAAGAAGAUUUGCAGCAGGGUUUAUAUUCAGAAGUAUUUAAAUGUCCCCCAAGCACCCAGAAGCAUUUAUACAGUGAGGAGGUAGAAGCACUCUAUAGGGAAGGAAGCCAUGUUGGUACACGUCCCUAUUUACAUGCUAGAGCUGAAACAGAAAUGCCACCUUCUGGCACAAAUACUGUGCCUAGUUUCCAUUAUAAAAGCUCUUCAGUGGCAUCUUCUGAAGGGUCCACUGUGGCAGGAGAUAUGGAACAUCUGUAUAGCCACUUGGAAUUCAGAAUCAUUGACAAGGUUGCUGCCGAAUCAGGGCACAAUUUAAGUCUACAGAGUGAAAUGACAUGUAUUAAUAAAAGCCUCUCUCCUGGAGCUGGGAAAAAAGAACUAACUUCCACUUCAGACAUAGUGAUUUCUCAAGAAGAAAGAGGAAGAAGUACAGGUCAAUGUUUCCAUCAAGCAGAGGUCAAACAAGAGAAGUCACUGAUGCCAGAGGUUUUAAUUAGUAAACUUCCUGAAGAAGCCGGAGGGACAGGCUCUCUAUCUGACCAUUCAAUAACUGAGGGGAAUAUGCUAAACUGGCUUGAUGACUCACCCGAGGAAAGCCAGCACAUUUCUGAUUCUGCAGAAUCUUCUAACCAGAAGAGCAAAGCACUUAAGUUACCUAAUGAGUCUCCAGGUUUAAACCAUAUUGCUUGUAAAAUAUUUUAUUUCUUCUUCUUUCUUCUAUUUGCCGCAACACUCUACCACUAUGAUUUGAUGGUUUGUCUUGCACUCUACCUGUUUUCCUUGUACUGGCUAUAUGGCGAAGGAAGAAUAAACAAAGAGACUGUCAAGAAGGAAUAACAUAAUUCAAGAAGGAAUAAUAUAGUAAUAAUUGGUUGUCAAUUGUGCUCAACAUCCAUGAUCAGUAGUCUCCAACUCCUCCAAUGCAUUUUCAGUUUUAAAGAGUUUAUUCAUCAUUAGAAUCAAAGCAAGUUUUCCACAGAAGCAUCUUUUUUAAAAGAUUACAUAUAAAGUUGAGCCUUCAUAUAAGUAAUUAUACUAUAUAGGACCAUUACAUUUGGAUCAUUAAAUACCUAUAUGAAUAUGAGUUCUGAAGCAUGUCAAGUUAAAAUGAAGUACAGCUGUUGCUUCUUAGCAGGAUAUGAAGAAGCAAUGCUUCAUAUCUCUUCAGUAGUUUAAAACACCAUUUUCUUGCAUUAAUUUCUUUUGCAGUAAAGCAUCUUUUUUUCUGGGAGUUUUUUUCUAAGGUUUUGUGUAGUACAUAACAACACAAGUAAUGGUAUAAAACCUUACUUGGUAUUUUGGUACUGACAUUGCAGUUGAACACCUAGUGUAAUCAUCCACUCCUCUAAGAUAUAUGACAUCUGUUGAUGGGUUAAUAAUUUUUUCCAAAAUCUUAUUUCAUUCUUUUGACAUAGAGCUCCAGCGGUACCCUUUUGAAAAAUAUAAGGCUUUGACUUCAGUAACAUUAUGAAACUUUUGGAAUGUAACUGCAUAGCAGAGUAGAUGUGCUUUUCCACCCUGAAAAGGCUGAAGGUCACAGCCACAGGCCUUUACCAUUCACUCGUACACAAAUGUUUUUGUUUUUUGUAAAUGAGGACUGUGUAAUAUGAUGGAGAAUUUCACUGAACUAAGUGUUAUUCAACAAAGCCCUUGAAUUACAUUUUUUCGUCAGUGUUGCUUGAGCACAUCUAUAAUACAAAGCAUUAAAUAAAUUUUACAAAGGAGUGCUAUGACUGUGUUGAUCAUGUCUGAAUUAGAUUUAUUGCUUUUUUCUAUGACUUGUUGCCUACAGUUAAACAAACUCCAACAGAAAACACAGGCCACAGCCCUGGCUUUGAGUAAGGCUGUUUUGUGUGGUUGGGCUGAAGCAGAAAAGCCUGGUUUCCACACUAAGAAGAGCCCAGAGAGAUUCUGUGGAGCAGGAAUCCCACGGGGCAGGCACACUGGCUGCUCUGCUGUUCCAGCAUCACUGGUCUCCCACAUAAGGUAAUGCCCAAAUUUUGUACAGAGAGAAAAAGAGAAACAGGUCGUGUUGUGCUUCAGCCAUUUGCCAGAAGAUGGUCUCAAAUGCCGUUAAAGGACGGGAGCUCUUCCAGUGCUAUAGAUGCUGAAGAUUUCAUGGAGAACCUCUCUAACCACAUCAUUAAGAACUGCAGCCCCCCUUCAUAUACCUACCUUGAUAUCUUCACGUUUUUCCUCCUAUUUGACAUCAGUAUCAAAGCUGUUUUCUAAUCAUCCUACAAUUUCCCUGCUGGCAUGAAGGCUCCUGCAGAAGACGUGCUGUGACUGUAGCUAUGUCUAAAUGAUGAACUGUGGGCAAGUGGAGGCUUGGUCAGCUCAUACUCUGGGUGAGCAUGAGGUUGCUCUCCUGAUGGGCAAAAAUGGCUUAGCACACCACCAAAAGUGACCCCUGAGUUCUCUCGGCAAUGAACUACUUUGAACUCCUGAGAAGGAAAGUGGUCUUUGGUUGGUACAAUGUAUGACACAACGAGCCCAUACCUGCUUAGAGGAAAGGAGGAAAUAGCUCAUAUAUUGACUGACUAAAGCUGAAGUUGCCAAGGAACUGAAUGUGUAUGGAGAGGCUUAAGGUCAUUCCAAGCAUAUUAUUCCAUGGAUUGCAAUCUGAAAUAUGUGAACUUCAGACAAAUUCUUCACCCAGUUUUGCUCAUAAAAUGUUAUUGACUUCAUAUAAAUAAAUAAAAAGUAUAAAU